AUGUCAGCAAAUUGGACCUCACCUUGCUUUGAUUCCAGUGCUGGUACUGUCAUUGACACUGUAUCAAGUUGCCGCGAUGGCUUUUGGUGUCCUAAUGUCACCCAGGGCAAUCUUCCAGUAUAUUGUCCACCAAGUGAAGACUGUCUCUUCCAGAGACUGAAUGGUGUUGCGUGUCAACCUCAAGGACGUUUGGAACCAACGAUUUGUCCCCCUGGCUAUUACUGUCCAAAUUCAACCACCAUAUUUACUUGCCCCGCUGGUUCGUAUUGUAUAACAGGCUCAACUGCUCCAGUUCGGUGUGAUGCACUCGCUUCAUGCCCAGAAAACUCUGCAACUCAACUCGUGUUAAUGCCCAUCAUUGCCUGUUUGUUAAUCGAUCUGGCGAUUCUCACAUUCCUAUUUCAUCGGCCCUUUGGGUUCCUAUUCCUUCGGCACUUCCGCAGGAUACUGAAAAAGGAUAUCAGUAGCGCUGACUCACCCUACGGAGCGCUAUUGCUUGAGGACAUGCACUCUACGCCAUGUCAGCCUGACUCUCAAAAGAUUCAGAUGCAAUUAGUAAACGCAUUCCGUCGUGGUCUCGAAGGACAUAAACUAUCGCUACGUUUUGAUUUUAAAAAUGUGACUCUAGUUAGAAAUGGUCGGCCCAUUUUGACCCAGGUGUCAGGUCACAUUAUGCCAGGUAAACUGACCGCCAUAUUAGGUCCUUCUGGAGCGGGAAAAACUACAUUUCUUAAUGUCCUUAUGGGCAAGAUACCCAAAACAUCAGGAGAACUGCUCAUCAAUGGGUCUCAAGCUCAAAUCCAUCAGUUUAGUCGACUGGUUGGAUUUGUGCCUCAGGAUGAUACAAUGAUUCCAGAACUGACUGUCCGUGAAAACAUUUUGCAUUCAGCAAGAAUACGACUGCCAAGAUCAUGGUCGUCUCGAGAAGUUGAGGAAUAUGUAGAUUUGGUUAUAGAAAUCCUUGGCUUGACCCAAGAAUCGAAUUCGGUAAUAGGGGAUGUGCUGAAUAGAGGUAUCUCUGGAGGGCAAAGAAAGCGUGUCAACAUUGGUAUGGAACUAGCAGCGGUUCCUACUACACUUUUCCUUGAUGAACCCACUUCUGGAUUGGAUGCUACCACAGCUUUGACUUUGAUGGAAAAUCUCAAGUUCGUUUCAUCGCGGCUAGGCAUCACUGUAAUAGCGGUUAUUCACCAACCACGUUUAGAGAUUUUCAACACGUUUGAUGGACUGCUGCUACUUGCGGCAAACGGAAUCACAUCAUACAGUGGUCCAACCUCCAAUGUCCAAUCUCAUUUUGAAAGUCUUGGAUACGUGUUCCAACAAGGUAGCAAUCCAGGAGAUGUCACCCUGGAUAUUUUGAAUGGAAAAGGACAACGAAGGAACGAGGAUGUCCGCAAUCCUGCAGUCGAGGAGACUCCCAUUCCAAACUCGUCUGGAGAUCUGAGUACACCCGACGAAACUAUUGUUGACGUGUCAUUUAUGGUGUUCCGGCCAGAGCGAACGAGUUCACGACCACAGAACGCACUCAGCCGCUCCGCAUCUAGGACAAUGACACAGUUGAAACAGCUUGCUACAGGAAUAGAGUUUGAUCGUAGUGCUGGCAGUUGGGAUAGUUUCGCAGAACUUGCCACAAUGCUUGCUAAGGGGCGGGGAGCAAGCUUCCAUUGGCAACUGUACUAUUGCUACAAUCGUGCUAUGCUGCAACAAACACGUCACUACUGGGCUCUAGUACUUGAAAUCUUUGUUGGUGCGGCAGCCGGUCUUCUAAUGGGUAUUGCAUCUCCGAGUGGAGAGAAUUAUUGGGUGAUAUGGAUCGCGCCCUACAGUAUCUUAUCGCCAGCUUAUCAUGAUUUCCCCAUUGUCUUGAAUGGGCUUCUGUAUGGAUUGACAUGUGCUUUAGCAGGAUCUCCACCAGGUGUGAAGGUCUUUGGUGCUGAACGUUCGGUCUAUUGGAGAGAAGCGUCGGCUGGCCAUUCGAGGAUUGCUUACUUUAUGGCCAAAAUUCUUUCGACGAUUUUACGACUAAUGUUGGUGUCAUUACAUUUUGCCAGUGUCUUGAUGAUCAUGUGUAGUCCACCAGUAAGCUUGUCGUCCCUCUUCUUGAUCAUUUUGGCGAACUUUUGGGGAGUGUACGGUAUAUCACAUGUUGUGUCAUUCUUGCUCCGCCCAGCUGAUGCGCCUUUGAUUGGUGUGAUUUUUUCCAUGGGAUGUGCUAUUUUCUGUGGAUUUGGCCCAACUUUAAUCUCUGCACGGUCAUGGCACCUCGGAUGGUUGUGGGAUUUGAGCUUUAAUCGCUGGACUGCAGAAGCCCUUGUUUCCGAAUCAGCCACCCCGUAUCAGAACGUUUAUAUGCUUUCUGCUACUACAAACUAUUACGGAUACCAGUUUGGACGUAUUGGACUUGAUUUCGCCAUUGCGUUCUGCAUUGGUUUGGGAUGGAGGAUUCUCAGUUUCGCCCUUAUGGUCGGGCUGAAUAGAGGCAAGCAGAGAUGA